GCAUGCUCCGAUUUUUUUAGACUUUCAGUAUGUUAUAAAGGUAGACUUAAUCAAUACACAAACGUUGAAAUACCUUGUGUUGCAAUUGAUACCGAAUCGACACCGACCACCUCCCGAUUAUUACCCGGGAUAAUGACGAACACUUUCGGGACACGGAACUCGAAACAAGCAAACAAGUGUGACAUUCACAUGACCACUCAACGGUUUUCAACUGUUGAUUUCUACGAAACCGAGUUCUACUGCUUUAAAGCAUUUGCCCAGUAUGGCGGGUUUUUCAGACGACAGAGAUUUCUUUCAGCUGAAUCGACUAAAAGGCUAUAACGAUGCAGUUUUCGCAAUCGUAGCGACGAUACUUGUGCUCCCGAUUCGAAAACUCGAACAAGACUCAGGGCCGAAAGAAACUCUGUGGAACCUACUCGAGACCAAAUGGGAGCAUAUCAUUGUUUAUCUUGUCGGUUUUAGCGUGAUCUGCGCAAUCUGGGAAUCUCAUGUAAACAGAUUUCGUAUUUUGUCACAUGUUGAUGAUGUUUUAGUGUGGCUUAACCUUACCUCGUUGCUGUUUACUUGCUUUCUUCCGUUCUGCGUCAACUUGGAGGCGACAUUCCAUUCCAAGCACACCCCUAUCAUUCUAAUAUGCUGCGACUUGAUGGUGUUAGAACUCCUCGAGGUCGCCAUGAUAUUCUACAGCUUCUAUCACGACGAACUACUGACAGACGAGGUGCAGGAAUUGCCUGAAGUCCAGAUGCGAGAGAGGAGGAACUAUCUGUUCCUGAAAAAGUUGACCAAUCCGGUUUUGUACGUGCUUGCGGGGGGUCUUAGCAUGGUUAGCACCAAAAUUUCCUGGGUUAUAUUAGUACUGGUUAUCAUAUCACCAUGUAUCAAUCGCCUUCUUGGCUUCAUAUUCCGAAAAUGCAUGAACAUAUAUAUGGGCGGAGGGGAUUUUGACCGUAUAUUUGGAAACUAUAUAGAGACAGAGCGUGUUGAACUUUUCAGUGAUGGUGCCUUUGCUAUUGUAUCUACGCUCCUUGUUUUGGAUAUAACAGCUGAAAAUUUUCCAACAGUAGAUGAGGUCAAUGAAAAUGGAAUCGAAACAAUGCUUGCUAACAUGUGGCGUGAGUUUCUGACGUUCUGUGGCACCUUCAUUAUUGUAGCUUUGCUUUGGUUUACUCACCACUCCCUCUUUCACUAUAUCCGUAACAUGAAUCAAGUUAUGCUUGUGAUAAAUAAUUUGUCUCUUUCAUUUAUGGGACUAACACCUCUACUUGCUUCCAUCAUGAACAAGUUUGGAGGUGAAAAGAAUGAGAGCGAGAAGCUUGCUGUCCGCUGCAGUGCAGUAGUAAUAUUCAGUGCAAGUCUUUGUCAAGCCAUAAUAUUUGUGAUUGCUCUCUGUAAAGGCCAAACACAUUUACUUCAAAAUGCCAGCCCUUCAUCAUCUCCAAGAACACAUAACUAUCUGGCCAUGAAAAUGAUCAUACUGCCAUUAAUCAGUGCUUUAGUCUUCAAUGCAAGUUUUGCUGGCCGAUCUGCCACCUACGUAGUAUAUUUUACUGCAGUGUUUGCAACUCCACUGAUAUUUGUAAUGCUGAAAAUCUGUUUUGGAAGAGGAGGAUAUGACAUAUUGCAUCUUACCAUUGAACCUGAUUUUGAGACAUUUGCUCCAACUACCAGGCGACCUCGAGCAAGAAUCUCCCGAAAAGAUAUAACAACUAACUCACAACCAAUUGCUGUAUAAUGAAGCAAGUUUAGUCACAGCCUCUAGAAGAAGAGGCUGUUAGUGAUGUGUUGGUUUUGAAGGAGAGUCCCUGAGAAGAAGCUGAUGAUAGGGUGCUGAAAUGCUAGAUUAGGGAUUAUAGUCCAUAGGUUAAAAAUACAUUGCUUUAUUUAAGAGACAUUUGUAAGUCAAGGAGUGAAGAUUGGGUGUGUAAGUAAGUUUUGGUCAAUUGCUUUUUCCACUCCCCUAACUUACACAGUUUUAUAAAAGGGGGCUUAUGUUUCUUUCCAUUUAAACUGUUUGGAGAUAGUGAGUGCACCUAGUGUGUGCUAAGGGGGGAAGGGAUGUCCAUAAGUUAUGGCCACAGUGAUCAAUGUAUAUGAAAAGGGAUGAGAAAAGGGAUUUUAGUUAUUCCUAUUAGUAUUAGAUUCCUAUUAAUGCUUCUUUUAUUUCAUACCAAGGAAAUUUGUUUAUACUAGUUCAUACAAAGAUGCUAAGAAAGUCAUCCUUUUUUGAUAUUCUGGUCAUAUUAAACAAAAUGAUCUUAUUAAUCUUCAAAUAAUCUUAAUCUUAUAAUCUUAUUUUUACAAAAAAAUAAAUAUAGGCUACAGGCUAUAUUUACAGCCAGAUAUAUGUAACAGUAGUAUUAUGUAUUAUUUAAAUGUUAUGAUGAUUUAAAGUGUUUAUUAGUCA